AGCGUGGAGCUGCUACUGGGAGAAAGCCAAGGGAUUAAAGCAGGAAAUCACUGGCCUCUGAGCAGCACCACAGCUCUGUCUGCAAAGGGCCCACCAGAACAGCCCAGAUGGGAGAAACUUGCCCUGGGACAAAUUUCAGGGAAAUUCCAGCCCAGUAUCACAGCACUGGGAACGAACAAGCACAAAAAGAGACGUGUCGCAGCUACUGUGCAGCAGGGAACUGAGUCACAGUGAAGUCGUGGGCAAGAAGAAUCCAAACUGCCUAACGAGAACGAAACCUUCCAGCUGAAGAUAAGGCACUGUCCGAGAAGGAGCAGCACAAGUGACCUGCCUUGCUGUGCCUCCUCCCACGCCCAACUGCCCCAAGUUCUACCCCUGCUCAUACCAGACACUAAGUGCAUCUCGAAGAGCAAUCUGGACAUGAGACAAGAGUAGAGUGAUCAGGCAGUGAAGCUGCUGAGUGCAAGGAGUUGCAAAACCACCCUGGUCCUUGGGGGACAUCUUGUCAUCAGGGCCAGUAUUAAAGUAAGAACGUCCAAGGACCACAGCUCUGCUUCUAACUGUGAGAAAUCAGACUUGAAAGAUGACUUUAGUCAUACUAAAAAACCACUUCAGGCUUCAAAGUGAGUCCUGUUUGAACCAGCUGUGUGCAAACCUGUAUUAAGGGCUUGACCUGCCCCCAGAGAGCCUGCAGUCAAAGCAGGCAAGAUGAGAGGGGAGGGGUGAAAGAGGUAAAGCUGACAGCAGCUCUGGGGCCAAGCUGAGCUCUUCCUCUAGCUCUGCCUGGGGUUGUAUUGUCCAGGGGUGUAUUUCCUUGAGAAUGGAAAGGGGAUUCCAUGGGAUUUGUGGUCAGAGGUCCUGUGUCAGGUCCCAACCAAACCCUGAGGUACUGGGCAUGCAGACUUCUCCUGAAGGAAGGAGAUACUGGAGAGGACCUGGAUUUCUUUUGUCCCAGAUUUAGUAUCACUUAUGGAACUCUGAAACACAAAAGUUGCAAUGUAAUCUGCAAUGGCCAGAGCUGUCCCUGUAGCAUUUACAUGUAUCUUGUGCAGAAAAGGACACUUUUUAAGGAAAGCCCAGUCUUAGCAAGGGCCUGAUUUCUCUUGCCAGGCUCCUUCGAUAGGCUGAAGUCAUUGGGCAAUGCUGCCAGGCAUCCCAGUUCCUGUCACCUUGCACGCUGUCCUCCCUUUUCCCAGACUCUGCUGGCUGGGUCCCCAACCCUGGGGUUCUUCCAAGACCCCUGAUUCUGUGCCCUGAGCUUUUCCAAGCACAAACGUCUCACCCUGCAGCUGCCUGAUGCAAUGAGCUUUCAGAUUACAUCAGCACUGCCCAUGUGCAAUGAGCGUGGGAGUUGGAGGGUGGUGAUGGGUGAUAGCCCAGCUCCUUGCAGGGCGUUGGGUUCUGCCACAGUUCUUUACAAACCCUGUUUUCUCAUCAGGGAUACAUCUAUAGGAGGGCAGGAUUUGGGUUUGCUUCCUUUCCCCCUCUCAGAAGGUAUUGCCAACAGUUGUGUGCAGUGCUCUGAGGCAGUGGCAAGAUGUUCCCUGUGCCCCACUUUGGCAGAAGGUCUGUAUCCAGGGAGGUGAUGGCUGAAAACCAGCAUAGACAGGUUUGGAAAAGAGGGCUGAGGCAAAACCUGCCUGUGUGCAAGAAAAUUUUGACCCAGAGGUAACCAUGUGGAGAGGAGGAGCGUGUCAAAGUUAGAAAUGAGACCUGUCUGCCAUCAGAUCAACCAGAAUCCAAAUGAAUCACCUAAAAGGACAAGGGUCCCAGCCCUGCUGAGGAAAGAACUAGAGCUUUUCCCAUUGUUUAUGAACCCACACCGGGGCUGUGAUGGAGGCUGCCACUGAUAACACUGAGCUACACUCAGGAGGCGCUGCCAAGAGGUCAGUAAGAGCACUGUUUCUGGAGAAGGUGCAGACACUGCCAAGGACAAGCUCCAGCUGUGGGAUGGCACUUGUCAUGGCCAGGGUCCUGCUUGGAGAGGACUGUUGGCCUCAGCCCCUAAUGCUGGUUGGGACUCACCUCAGACCCCAAUUACCUCAUGGCUAAUGAACGCAUGAACCUGAUGAACAUGGCCAAACUGAGCAUCAAGGGGUUGAUCGAGUCGGCGCUGAAUCUGGGCAGGACGCUGGACUCGGACUAUGCCCCUCUGCAGCAGUUCUUCGUGGUGAUGGAGCACUGCCUGAAGCAUGGCCUCAAAGCCAAAAAGACUUUUCUUGGGCAAAAUAAGUCCUUUUGGGGACCUCUAGAACUAGUAGAAAAACUUGUUCCUGAGGCUGCAGAGAUUACAGCAAGUGUUAAGGAUCUCCCAGGGCUGAAGACACCUGUGGGCAGAGGAAGAGCUUGGCUUCGCCUGGCUCUGAUGCAGAAGAAACUUUCAGAGUACAUGAAGGCCUUGAUAAACAGAAAAGACCUUCUCAGUGAAUUUUACGAGCCCAACGCGCUGAUGAUGGAAGAGGAAGGUGCCAUCAUCGCUGGCCUCCUCGUGGGCUUGAAUGUUAUCGAUGCCAACUUCUGCAUGAAGGGAGAAGACCUGGACUCCCAGGUUGGAGUUAUUGAUUUCUCCAUGUAUUUGAAAGAUGGGAACAGCACAAAAGGCAGUGAAGGAGAUGGUCAGAUAACUGCUAUUUUGGACCAGAAGAACUAUGUAGAAGAACUCAAUAGACAUUUAAGUGCUACAGUAAACAACCUACAAGCCAAGGUGGAUGCCUUGGAAAAAUCCAACACUAAGCUGACUGAGGAGCUUGCAGUUGCCAACAACAGGAUCAUUACACUGCAGGAAGAGAUGGAACGGGUUAAGGAAGAAAGUUCCUACAUCCUGGAGUCCAGUCGGAAGGUCACCAAGGACAGAACUGCUGACGGGCAGGCACUGACUGAGGCUCGGAAACAGCUGAAGGAGGAGACUCAGCUGCGGCUGGACGUGGAGAAGGAGCUGGAGGCGCAGAUCGGGAUGCGGCAGGAGAUGGAGCUGGCCAUGAAGAUGCUGGAGAAGGAUGUUUGUGAGAAGCAGGAUGCGCUGGUGGCACUCAGACAGCAGCUGGACGAUCUCAGGGCCCUAAAGCAUGAACUGUCCUUCAAGCUGCAGAGUUCAGACAUGGGAGUGAAACAGAAGAGUGAAUUAAACAGCCGCUUGGAAGAGAAAACAAAUCAGAUGGCUGCCACCAUCAAACAGCUGGAACAAAGAUUGCGACAGGCAGAGAAGGAGCGGCAGCUGGCCCAGCAGGACAACCGGCUCUUCAAGCAGGAGUUUGGGGACAAAAUCAACAGCCUCCAGCUGGAAGUGGAAGAGCUCUCCAGGCAGCGGAACCACCUAGAACUGGAACUGAGGCGGGAAAGAGACAGAUGGUCCCACAGUCAGCAGCGCAGCCAAGAAAACAAAAAAGGGCCAAAGAACUGGCUAAGACAGGAUGGGAAGGUCAAAAUCCAGGAAGAAAAUGCUAAACUGAAACAGGCACUGAGAGAGGAGGAGAACAGUGUCCUGCCACACAGGUCACCAAGCAACAAGCAGGAAGAGCAGGAGCAGCUCUUGGGCCCUGGACACUCCGAGAUGUGCCAGCUCUGCCAGGAGGAGAGCAGCCGGAACCAAAGAAAGAACAUCUGCAAGAACUGUGGGGGCACCUUCUGUGAAGCCUGUUCAGCGCACGAGCUGCCCCUCCCGUCCAGCAUCAACCCAGAGCGUGUCUGCAACCCCUGCCACCAGCAGCUCAUCCAGCAGUAUUCCAGCAGCCCCUUGUAGGGAAUGGGUGGCAGAGGGGUGACAGUGGUUGUAGCUGAGGGUGUUUCUGGAGUUGUUCAAGGGGAAUGUGAAGACACUUGCUCGUGCGCUUUGGAGGUUGGGGGGAAGCAGCUUCUUGGUGUUUAGAGUCUCUUGUGACUAAAACAGUCUGAGCCUUCCCUGUACCAAAAUCGGACUGUGUUGCGGAGAAUUGCAUUGGGAAUGUUACAUGGAGCAGCCCCCAGAGUCUGCUGGAGCAGUCUCAGGGCUCAGGAGCCCCUGCCCAAGUCAGAACUGUGUUUGCACGUGUAAGUUGGGAAUGUUCUUGCCCUUGCACGUGUGGUGUUGGGUGUGCACUGCUGCUGAGCAAAGGCUCCCUGAAACCAGCUGGAGCGUUGGUAUUCCUCAUAUCUGGCUGCACUUGAAAUCCUGUUUCCUUUCCCAGCUGCCUUGGACAGCCUGGCUCAUCCCUGGGACCCCGGUACACAGUGUGAGCAGGCCAGGUGAGGCAUUAGUGAACAUGUUCUACCUGCAUUUCCUUGGCUCAGGGCUCUGGCCAAGGGCUUGCUCUGCACGGGGAAACCCCAAACCAAGCUGUGAAUGUUCUGUUCCCCCUCUGUGCUUCAGGGGCUGGGCCAAAUCCCCAUCACACACACUGGUUUAGGGCCACUUGGAUCCACCUCUCCCCCUUGCGCACAUGGAAACAUUGUGGCCAUAAACCUGGCAUUUCACUUCGUGUUGUAUCAAAGUAAAAUGGAACACUUUUCACCUUCCACAAGGUGUAAUUGCAAACACAGUUCAGAAAGGUUUCCUGGUUCUGCUACAUCAUUCUUUGUUGCUGUUCCCUCAAGGAAUUUUGUUACUCCAAAGAGCAGUGGUGGCUUCCUUGUGCCACAGGAGCAUUUACUCCUUUUCCUACUGGCACCUCCUGCAGUCUCAGACCACAGAAUGUUCCGUAGGCCAUAGCCAAUGGAUGCACUGAUGUGACAAAUACAUUGGGGUUUGUACAGAAGUUAUUAGGGCUUAGUGGUUAAUUCCUCAGAGGAGAAUUAAUAACCCUAGUUAAUUCUAGUCUUUGGAGUGGCUGGAACUGCAGGAAAAGUGUCUCAGAGCUGAGGUUACUGAUGUGGUUGGUGCUGGUUUGUACCAGGAAUUCUUUCUCCUAGUUCCCUCUAGGCCUUGGUGUGUUCAGCCACCCAACUUACAAUCUUUUUUUGCUCUUUUUUUCUGCCUGUGGCAGUUUCCCAACCCCUUUCCUUCCCUUAAAGUAGGACAGGAGUUGUAAACAGUGUUGAAAUACAAGAAGCCUGGAAUUCAGGUGAAUUCCUAAAUUCUCUGAAGGGGCAACACAUUUGAGAUGAAUGGAGAACACACUGAAUUUAGUGUCGCUGUGUUGUGUACACACUGUACGCAUCCAAACCAGUGCAGAUUCUUGCAUCCAAGCCCAGUGUGACUCAUCUCCCAAGAAGAGAGACCCAGGCCAUUUCCCUAUUAGAGGGAGCAUUAAACUGGAGACAGAGGAUUAAAUUCUCUGGAGUAGGGAGGUGGCUGAGCCCCCUUCAGAGCACAGCACUGGAGGCUGCCAGCUCCCUCUGUGCUCAGGUACUGCAUGUGAUGCCAGCGUGGGCUGACACCCGGACAUUGGGGUUGGGAAUGGGGGGGGCAGGUUUUCUGAUGUUAAUUUUGUUCCGCACAAUAAAGAAAACUUGAU